AAGGACAGUACCAUCAGUAGAGCUCUUAAAUAUUAACAAGCUGCCAUUGGACAUUGGACGCGCAAAGGGCAAUUGAAAACUACAAAAGAAGAAGAUCUUAUUCACAGUCACAAGUCUCUAAGGCAUUGUUGUCUUCAAACAGCCAACGGAACAGAAAACUCCAUGUUCUCUUCUCAUUGCUGGCCACACCCCAUUGAAUAUUAUUAUGAAUCCCAAACCGAUCAAUUUAUAGAACCCUAAUUAGACGCCCAUUGAUUGCAUGUAUACGAAGCCAUGCGUUGUUCCCGUCCAUGGAUUCGUUCGCUACAUCUACAGAUCAGGUGGCGGCGUUCGGAAAACCGCCGGCGAGUGGGAUCCGACUGUGUCCCUCAGCCUCAACCAUCCAACCCUAGUUUUGCUGGAGAGAUGCGAAUCCAGAAAUCACUUCAAGCAGAUAUUGGCUCAAAUGAUGAGAAAUCAUCUCACUGCUCAAACAUUCCCAAUGAGCAGACUCCUCUAUUUCUCUGCCAUUUCACACCCUCAAAACACCGACAUCGCCGUUCUCCUCUUCAACCACUUCACUCCGUCGCCCAAUCUCUAUAUCUACAACACCAUGGUCUCUGCUUUAUCGGCUUCUUACACCCCCGCCCCCCAAUCGUUUGCUCUCUAUAGUUCCAUGCUCAAGUCUCGUAUUUUCCCGGACAAGCACACUCUGCUGUACUUAAUUCGGGCCUCCGAAUGUUUGGCGGAGGGCAUGCAGAUUCACUGCCAUGCCAUUGUCACAGGACUGUUCGGCCAUGGUUAUUUGCAGAACUCCCUCCUGAAGAUGUAUUUGGAGAAUGGGCAAAUGGAUCUCGCACACCAGUUGUUCGAGGAAAUGCCAAACCCAGAUGCUGUUUCCUUCAAUAUUAUGAUUGUUGAGUAUGCCAAGAAAGGACACAGCGUGGAGGCAUUAGAUUUUUUCAGUGAAAUGGUGGGUUCAGGGCUCAAGCCUGAUGAAUAUACAAUGACGGGUGUUCUUAUGUGUUGUGGUAGGGUUGGAGACUCUCCGUUUGGGAGGUCGGUUCAUGCCUGGCUGCAGCGGAGAAUGUUAAUUUCUACUUGGAAUUUGGUAUUGGGAAAUGCCCUUUUAGAUAUGUAUGUCAAAUGCAAGGAGUUGAAGCUUGCCGGGAGGGUUUUUGAUAUGUUUCUUGAGAGGGAUAUUGUUUCGUGGAACACCAUAAUUGCCGGGCAUGCAAAGGUUGGUGAACUGGCCCUUGCCCACACAAUCUUUAACGAAAUGCCUUGCAAAGAUCUUGUUUCUUGGAAUUCUUUGAUUGCCGGAUAUGCCCAGAUGGGUGAUUACAUGAUGGUGAGGAAAUUAUUUACUUGCAUGAUCACAGACAAAGUUUGGCCUGAUGCUGUCACAUUGGUCCAUUUGGUUUCUGCUGCAUCAGAAGUAGGAGCUUUAGAUCAAGGGAGGCAGAUACAUGGUUGGCUGGUUAGAAUGCAGAUCAAGGUUGAUGCAUUUCUAAGUUCGGCAUUAGUACACAUGUAUUGCAAAUGUGGAAGCAUCAAAACAGCUCUGCUGGUUUUCAGGCUGGUUACCGAAAAGGAUGUAACUUUAUGGACAACCAUGGUAACGGGAAUGGCAUUCCAUGGCCACGGACACAAAGCUUUGGAAAUAUUCUCAGAGAUGCAGGAGUGUCUAGCCCCCAACCAUGUGACCUUUGUCGCUCUCUUAACUGCCUGUGUUCAUUCUGGACUAGUGGACGAGGGGCUUAAAGUAUUCAACAGUAUGAAACAAAAGCAUGGUAUUGAACCACAAGUUGAGCAUUAUGGUUGCCUGGUGGAUCUCCUAGCACGAUCAGGGAGGCUGAUUGAGGCUAAAGACAUUAUCAACAAGAUGCCGAUGGAACCAAGUAGGUCCAUCUGGGGAGCUUUACUUAAUGCUUGUAGGGCUCAUGGGAACAUCGAACUGGCUGAAACAGCUUGGAGAGCAUUGCAAAAGUUAGAGCCUCAGGAAGAGGGGGCAUAUCUUUUGCUGUCUAACAUGUAUGCCGCUUAUGGAAGGUGGCUAUAUGCAGACAACCUCAGGGAAACCAUGGAGGACAAGGGACUGAAGAAGACUGCCGGUUUCAGCUCUGUGGUUGUAGAUGGAGUCACUCACAAGUUUGUGGCCACAGAUAUAAGGCAUCCAAGGUGGAUGGAGUUGCACUCCAUCUUGCUUGGCCUGAAAAGUGAAAUGGGGUUGAGCAGUGAUGCUCUCUCUGGCUUCAUGCGACAUUCACCGUUGGACUGAUAAUACUGACUGAGGAUUGAUCUUACUUUGAACGAGGUUACAAUUUUUUUUUUUGGGGGGGGUAUUUGAGAAAAAUGGAAUAUUAUAGAGCAGAAAGUUAGGUGAACAGUUUCAGUUGAGCAAGCAUUAGUGAUUGCCAUUGUUAUGUGCAUUCUGCCAAAUACAUAAAAAUAUCAGGGCAGGUCAUUAGGCGCUUGAAUAUGAGAUAUUUGUUCAUGUAUGCAUAUGUACCCGUGUGCCCAACAAUCAUAUCCUGUAGCCAAAACGUUGCCAUUUUACACAUACCUGUCCAAUAGAACUUGAAAAUAUGGAUGACAAAUUAUCCACUUUCUACGUAAUAAUUUAAGUUUUUAGAUGGAUUAUUACCUAUAAUAAUACAUAUUUAUUACCCAUUUAUAGGAACUAUUUUUUUUUUUGUUUUUAUUCGUAAAUUUUGAAUCUUCUAAAAUUUUUAAAUAUUAAGAUCCUUACUUUGAACUUAGACUUGAAAUAUCAAGAUAUCAUUAUCAUAUAUGAUUAAUAAUAUCAUUACGAAUAAACAAUUCAGAUCCUCAAGACACAGGUCAAACCUAAUCCUUCGACCCAAAAACCCAGCCAAACAAAAUCAAAUUUGAAUAUAGAGUGCAAAUUAAAAACCUAGAACGAUUAAACAUUAAAUUAGAAAAUAACAUCAAUAUGUACCCCCAACAACAAUGGAUGAAUAAGCAUUAACAUUCAGGACAACAACUAGAACUAUAGAAAACAGAAGAGAUCGAAGAGAACCAACAAAAUAUAAUAAACCAAAAAAAAAAGGGGGGGGGGGGGGGGGGGGGG